CCUCCCUUUUUCUCUGUCCCGGUUGUUGCGCCAAGCUACACUGAUAACACUCGUCACUCACGACCACUUUUUCCUUCAACUGAAUUUUUUACCGAUACCUGAAUACCUCUUCUGACGAUCGAUCGUUACUCUCGAGGUAAAAAUGGUGAGCCAGCGGUGGCGCCGAUUCAGCGGCUCUUUUGACGCGUCACAACCGAUCGCGCCAAAUCUUCGGCCCGUCUAACUUCUACCCACCUCGAUUGAUUUGGCACUAGCGAGGACACCACAGAGCCAACAUUGUACAAAGUUGUGUAGUAAGCCUAGAGUGACAUGCCCGCGAAAUUUAUUGCCGAUCCCAAGUGAGAAAGUUGCCGGCUCAUAAGCGCGCAUCCCUCGAGUGCAUCAGGAGGCGGACGAGGGAGGCCUUGGGUUGGACAGGCCCGGGCCUCGCUCCGACCUACACAACAACAAAGCGUUUUACGGCUAUGGGCUUCGCGAAGCUCCUCACCUCGGGAUACCACCAGCAGUGUGCCCAGAACUAUUAUCAUUCCCACUACUACCAGCAACAGCAGGACGAGCAUCCUUGCAUCUCCCAGCAGCAGCAGAAGCACGAGACCCCGACAAAGAGCCGAUUGACGCUCAUACUGCUGAUCGGCAUUGGGUUGGGUUUUCUUUUGCUCCACGGCAUUCAGACGCUGAUGGCCGAGGGCUACUGGAGCGACGAGGAUUUCGACGACGAGCUCAGCGCCGAAGAGCUCGCUCAUCUCAAGAGCAGCAUGCUCAAGUCCCUCGGACUGACGAGCACGCCCGACAUCGCCAAGGCGAACGUCAGUCAAGCCGAGUACGAAAGGGCGCACAAGGAGUACAUGACGAGGUUACGCCGCUCGGCCGAAGGAACCACCGACGACGGAGCGCACAUCAGGAGGCUUUUUACGAUGUACGCUCGGGACGAGCCGAUGAGAGACGGCGCGGGCAUCGAGCUGAGGAUCUCCGCGUCGCCGCUCGAGGGCCACAGCAUCGGCAGCGUGGAAUCGGCGGUGCUGAGGUUCCUCUUGGACCACCGAGAGACGACGGACUCGACGAGCCAACGAGAAUCCGAGGUGCGCGUCUACAGCAGCCGCAACGAAACGGGGGUGGCCGAGCUCAUAGCCAGCCGCACGAUCCACGACUCCCGCCGGCGUUGGAUCGACCUCGACCUCACGAGCGAGCUCGAGGCGAGGCUCCGCUCGCUCCCCACGCCCAUCCACCUGAUCGUCCAACUGUGGCACAAGAGGGACGAUCGGCAAGACGGGAAGAGGCCGUUGUCCAGGUGGAGCGCGACCUUUGGCACCUUGAACGUCCACGCCGUCACGUCGACGCGGGCCUCGCGGGUCAGGCGCUCGGCGUCGACGUUGUCCGCCUCGGGAGUUCGUGGGGGCCACCUGAUGUCGCUCCACCGGGGCCGGCGCACCGAGUGCCGGGGCGAGAGCAAAAAGUGCUGCCGGCACCACAUGCACGUCAAGUUCACGGACAUCGAGGGCUUCGACUUCAUCAUCCAGCCGCGGAGCUUCGACGCGGGCUUUUGCCGGGGCAGGUGCCCGCCCCGCUACAACCCGGCCACCCACCACGCCAUACUCCAGAGCUUGAUGUGGAAGGAGAACAGGACGAGGGUGCCGAGGCCCUGCUGCGCCCCGAGCAAGCUCGAGGACAUCGACAUACUUUACUUCGACGAGGAGGAUCCCACCAAGCUCAAGGUCUCCAAUUGGAAGGACAUGAAGGUCCUCGAGUGCGCCUGCUCUUGA